AUGUCCUUGAAUGGGCUUGACGGCGUUGCGGUCGCCGAGGCGCACCAGGCUGCGCUGGCCGAACCUGGAGGAUGGUUUCUGCUCCGAUAUGCCAGUCGCGACACCGUGGAACUGCUGAAGAAGGGCUCAGGAGGGGUCCAGGAAGCGAGGACCGUGAUACAGCAGUAUGAAGAGAAGUCGCCCCUGUACGGCCUCGUGCAGUAUCGGCGCAAAAAAGUCAUCCUCAAAUAUGUGCCUGGUGGAACUUCACGCUUGCUGCAAGUGCGGCUUACCGUGCAGUUUCAAUCUGUCCUGGAAACCUUUACGCCCCACGACACCGUCUUCUCCUUCACCCUUGCGUCCGAGCUUACCGAGUCUGCACUGGGCCUGUGCACCAUGCUGCUACCAUCCGCUGCGUCCUUGACCUCUUCCAGCUCAUCGCUGCGUCGGCGCCGACUCGAUGGUAUCACCGAAGACGUUGAGGAGCCCAAUGCAGAAUUGCCCGAAGACAAAGCUCCGGGCACUGCACAAUCAGAGACUCCAUCGAUUCCCAUCCCGACCUUUGCCAGUGGAAGACUCGAACCGCCCAAGGAAGAAACCACACCGACCUAUGGAAGGCACGAACUGGACGAACUCCCUGCAAGUGCCGUCCUGGCCAAGGCACUCCUCGCAAAGCGAAAAGAAGAUGCUGCUGCUGCGGCUGCGGCUUCUGGCACAGACGACUCCCUAUGCCAUGAUACUCCUCUUCCGCCACGCAAGGACAGCCUUGCAGUACGUGGCCCGCCAGAUCCUGUUCCUCCCACAAUAGAGAAGGCACUCCCUGUAACGCCCGAAUCGACUCCUCCGACCACCAGCGAAGGUGAACCUCCCCAGCCCUUGGACUACGAAACAACCAACCAUAUUCUCCUAGAGUCCUCUGCCGUUGACCCAUCAGAGCCUCUCACUCCUCGUGGCCCCCAUACUCGCCAUCUCUCUGCUGCGGAGUCUGAUAGUAUCAGCCAAUGGAGCAGCAAUGUGGCGUCCUAUGCGUCUGUGAAAUCGAAGAAGAAAAAGUUGGGUCCUCGUCCUCAUGUUGAGUCUGGACAUCGCCCAAAGACCUCUGGUACAUCUGAGACUAGUCUGAAUGUUCGUCCGGUCGCGAACUUGCCAAAUUCAAUCCGCGUCACUAAUCGAUCGGUGGUAAGUCUUACGCUUCGACCAGGUUCACAGCAAUCGACUCGGAGCGUGCCAGGACGCUUUCCACAUUCGUCCCAUAACACCAAUUUUGUACCCCCCUUGCCAUCUCCUUCACACCUUGCGCCACUCUAUAAGCAAUCUGAAAGUCGACCAACAAUCUCAAGGCCGGCUUCGGUGAACACUGAGGGGACGACGGCAACCCCAGAAAAGCUGAGACUGAUGAAGGCUCUUCAACUCAGGAAGCGGAACAUGCUUUUAGCCCAGAGAUCUUCGGCAGGAGCAUUUUCCUCCAACUUGAAUGCUAGCGCGACCAAUGAUCAAGACUCGACCGCAGAGGCUCAACCUGCCAUUAACAGUCUCUCAUCGGUCCCCAGCCAGGAUCAGCUGUCCAACAUUGAUGAGGAAUCAAAGGUCACGCAUUCAUCAAGCACGACUUCUCCGACUUUCAUGACACAUAUCUCGGAAGAACAAUCAACAAAGGCAUCCUCCUUUACAGAGCCAGACGACCUGUCCAGGAAGCGCCGCUCAUUGUCCUCAGCCACAAGCUCGUCUAUUACUCCAAAAGCUGCGGUCCAAGACAGUGUAACACAAUCAGAAAUAACCAAUGAAGAUAACCUUCGAGGCAGGCCUUUCAGCAGGCCCACAAAGACACUCGAACUGGGACCUCCUCUAGAAGACACAAUCACUGCACAAGGAUCACCUCAUGAGGAGCAUGACCUUGACAGCACUACCACUUGCAGAGCCAACCCUUCCGCGAGCGAGGCUUCGACCUCUGAUCCAUUCGCAAACGGCCCCCCUCGGAUUGAACCCUCUCCACCAUCAGCCCCUAUCUCAGAGCCUCCGAGCAAAAUGCGACGGGAAGCCAUCCCACAGCCUUUGAAGCUCGCUUCGAACAUGGAUAGUUCCGCAUCAGAGGUGUCGGAUGACGAAUCCUUGAUGGAUGAAUUACAACACGCAACAGUUCAUGAGGCUAUGCCAGUGUCCGUGGCACGCUCUCCAGUCACCCCAAUUAUGUCCAAGGGAAGCUCUGACCGAUUGAGAGAGAUUGUGAACAAGACUGCAAAUUCCAGCUACCAGGCAAGGAGAAGUGCGUCGACAACACCAGACAGGAACAGGUCAGGUAGCAUACGCAGCGUUUCAACAGCGUUGCCCCAGUGGCCACCUGCCCAGUCGGAGGCAGUACCAAUUCCACUGACCAAGAAGCCAACCUUGGGCACCGGUAUAUCACGACGGAUCAAGGCUCUCGAGGUUUUAACGGCGAAAGAGGCCAAUGCGCAGCCAUCUGUUCCUGUCCGUGAGACGACGCAGUCGCGUUCAGCUUUUACAACCUUCAUGAAACGUUCAUCAUUUUUGUCAACUCAACCAGGACCCAAUACCUCAACUGACAAUUCCCCUCCCAAGAAGCUGCCGGAAACCUCCAUUUAUGACUCAAACUUCGCCGCAUCCACCAAAGAUCUUAGACGACCUUCAAGUGAUGCUAAUCCCCCAGCACCAAAGAGUGAGACUAUUUCGGUGACUGCUAGAAUUAUCCGAGAUCCGAACAAUAAACACCCUCCAAUGUCGCCCAGUUCGAGCUAUGCAACGCCCUUGCAGCUGUUCCGAAGUCCUUUGAUCGUUGAACAUGAAAAGCAUCAGGACGUCGGUCAAGAACAAUCUUUCGCCUCCUUUCAGGCCACGACGAAAAGCCCAACGAAAUCGGACAAAGGCGGGCGGUUUUCAUUUUCUUCCCAUCGCUCGGUGUCUCAAGUGAAUCUGCCACGCUCCGAGUCAAGUCAGAGCAAGAUGUCUCGUACCAACUACAAGAAACAUUCCGCGCGGUCAGUCAGCGAUGCUGGGUCCUUUACGGAAGAAAAGAAAUCCUCGAGGACAAGUAGAUUGAUGAAGCGAGUAUCUAAUUUGACUUCUUCUCGCAAACAAAGCCAAUCGCAGCCGAAAGAGUCUGCCCAUCCUACCACCAUUCAAGAACAGAGGGAACCGACGAGGCAAAAUUCCUUCGCGGAAUCUCUCCUCCAUGUUGUGGAUAUUGGAGAUGUGAAUGUGCAAUUUCCCGAUUCACUCUUAUGGAAGCGACGAUUCAUGCGGGUGGACGACCAAGGGUAUUUAAUCUUUUCGCCGCCAAUGACAGAUGCUCACAUGAAGAGUAUCAGCCGAAAAUAUCAUUUGAGUGACUUCAAGAAGCCGUCACUACCCGACUUAGAAAGAGAGGAGAUGGCAUGGAGCAUUUUACUUGACCUCAAGGAUGGGAGAUGUAUACAAUGUGCCUGUGAGAGCAGACAUGCUCGACACCAGGUUUUGCAAAGUAAGCCCCUGAUCGAGAUAUUUACACCCCAGCUAAUCUUUGACAGUGCUUGUUGA